AUGCAGAAGCCCAUGGAGAAACGGAUCAGAAGAUGCGGGAACUUGCUCGCCGUCGUAGCGCUGGCCCUGGUGGUGUCAGCAAUGCUGCCUCCAUCCGGCGAGGCGAAGCUGUCCCCGGACUACUACCGGUCGACGUGCCCGGACGUCGAGGCGAUCGUGCGGGCGGUGGUGGCCAAGAAGGUCAAGGAGACCUUCGUCACGGUCCCGGCCACGCUCAGGCUCUUCUUCCACGACUGCUUCGUCGAGGUGAGCCACAUCCAUCUGUGCCUGCAGCUGCUUGUUCGUGCAAUCAACCGAAAGGAUCCUUCAGAAACCGAACCUGAUUCUUGUCAAAAUCUUGCGUUUUAA